AUGAUGGAUGACGUCAUGGUGUUGAGCGCCUCUUUCGUUCCGUCUCCAUUCCAGUCAAACGUCAGCUCGACGACCAUGGAUCUCGAGAAGCAGCACGUUCUCAUCACCGGCGGCUGCGGCUUUCUUGGCCGGCACAUUGUUUCCGCCUUCCUCUCCCAGUACCCAUCGCACCAAUACACCGUCGUAGACACCAGCUCGCCUUGGUCACUCCCAACUUGCUCCAAUGUGCAUUUCCUUCAAGUCGAUAUCUGCGACCAAGAAGCCGUCCGGCGUUCCUUCACCACCGCACGCCCUACCGCUGUCGUGCACAGCGCUGGCAUCGUCCCAGCCGGCGCGUCACGGUACCGCCAACGGGACCGCCGGCGCGUGUUCGAGGUGAAUGUAGACGGCACUCGGAACGUCUUGGAGGCGGCCAAGGAGUGUUCUAGCGUGAGGGCAUUCGUGUACACGAGCAGCAGCACCGUGUUGGGUGACGAUCUGAGCCGGGAGGUGCCCAACGCAGAGGAAGAGUUCGAAGACGUGCGAAGGAAGAGGUGGAUAUACGGAGAGUCGAAGGCGCACGCCGAAAACAUCGUCCUUUCCGCAAAUUCCCCUUCUUUACCACGGCCCUUCCUCACCACCGCUCUCCGGCCCUCCGUCCUCUUCGGUCCGGGCGACACAAACCUCAUCCCCGCCAUCCAUGCCCUCGUCGCCACCCGCGCCGCCACCGCCGUCACCCUCGGCUCUGGCUUCAAUCUCUACGACAUUACCUACGUCACCAACGCCGCCGACGCCCACGUCCUCGCUGUGCAGAAUCUCUUGCUGGCUGCAUCGCCCUUCAACCACGACGGUGUUGAUCGAGGCCCUCCUUCCGCCGCCGGCCUCCCCGUCUUCAUCACCAACACCUCGCCCAUCCCCUUUCGCGACUUCUGCCGCGCCGUGUGGGCCCAGUUCGGACACUACCCGCCCUUCGAGGUGCGUGUGCCCGUCCCCGCGGCCAGAGCGCUGGGCAGCCUUGCGGACGCCGUUUCUUGGGCCUUGAGCGGCGGCGGCUUGUGGUUGGGUCCGAGCUUCAGCCUGUCGAGAGGCGCGGUCGAGGACGCCGUGGGCGUGAGAUACGCGAGCGGCAAGAGGGCGAGGCAUGUGCUGGGUUAUGUCCCUGAAGUUGGAUUGGCACAGGGGGUGAGGCUGGCUUGUGAGGUGAGUUGA